UGCGUGCAGCCUUGUCGUCAAUGUUGAGUGAAAUAUGUACGAUCGUAUGAUCGAGCGGAAGAUCGCCGGACACAAUCGCGGGGUUUACGGUGGUUAUAGCACGGCGCAUCUUGACCUUAACCGAUGGACGUACCCCUUUUCCCGCGGCCGCCGGUUAUCGGGGAUGUCGCGACACCCCUCAGUGACGUGCCGAGCGUCGCGAAGCUACCACGCGUUCCGGUGUCCGGUGUCGCGGUGUCCGGUCCACCGUGCGUACGCGGACGAUAUGCCGUGCCUUUCUUACGAUCCCCCUCGGGCACCAUCACCACCACCAUCACCAAGAAGCGACGUCGCGUCUGCAGGAACUUGGUCCACCCGCGAGUCAAGACCGCGGCCGUUGUCAAGGAUGCUGCACGUCGUCGCAUCACCGAGUUUUGCAUGAGAAUGACGGAGCGUCGCGCAAAAAACGAUGAGAGAGACGAUGACGACGAUGUCGUUUGCGGAAUCGACAUUACGGAUCCACCGACCACGAUAUCCUCUUAUGAGAUCUCACCUCGCUUAAAAAACGGCGUAAUACGGAAAUGGACAAAGUCCGUGACUGUCCAGACCAUAGAAGGAUUACCGCUGCGACUGAGAAUCCUACCAUCCCUCAGAGACAUCGAAGAGGAUAAUGGAAAUUCUACGGGGAGAUUCUUAAGAUUUUGGAAGUAUCUUAGGUUUUUGGGGCGACUGUCGUUAUCGCAAUUCGGUCUUCUGUGGCUGCUCGUGAUAUGGAUAGUGGCGGGCGCGGCGGCGUUUUGCGCCACGGAAGGUCCUCGCGAACGCGAACAGGUCGUGUCGCUGAAGAAUAUGCAAGCAGAUUUAGCAGUCAGCUUGUCCACGGAGUUGCGUCAAUUGCGGACAGAACAGGAUCAGGAUGUGGAGCCACUGUGGAGCGAAAAGGUCCGCCAGUACGUUGCCAAACACGAAGAGCUCCUCUUGGUUGCCGUGAGUUCCGGUUACGGUGAAGGUGGUAAUAGCGGACAAUUGUGGACGUUUCCCGGUUGUGUGUUGUUUGCCAUAUCGCUAAUUACCACUUUAGGUUUUGGAGCGCCAGUUCCGCGAACUACCGCUGGUCGCACAGUAGGAGUGAUUUUCGCCAUUAUCGGAAUUCCUGCACAUUUCCUUCUUAUAUUGAAUUUCGGCCUUAUGGUGGCUUUUGGCCUACAAAGAUACGCGCUUGCCAGACGAGGCGUGCAACUUAAUAAUGCAGAAUCUAGAAGGAUGCCUAGAUGGAUCAAGAUAAUGUCGUUCGUUUGUUCAGCGCGAUCGAGACCGAUCGCGGCGAGUGUGCUGUUUCCGUUGGACUUCACUGCGGCAGGCGGUCUCUCUACCAUUGCCGGUCACGUACGAAUAUUGUACGGCCUAUAUUUGGAAGGCGCUGUUACUAUCGCUGCGAUAGUGGUAGCUAUAUUACGAGUAUCGGCAACGCAGAGUCUCACAAACGUUGGACUAAAAUACGGCCUACUGAUCGAAUCUUAAUCUGUAUAAUUAAAAAAUUUUCAGCCUCUUGUACAUACGUAAUUCCUUAUAUUGCGUUUUUCACUGUUACUCUGAUGUCAACCUCAAUACAGUAAACAAACUGUUGACGAAUA